AUGUCGGAGGCACCGCGGGCAGCCGGGUCGCGGCUGGCCUUCUGGCUGGCGUACAUGGCCGGCGUCACGCUGACGGCCGCAUACUGCGCCAACCUCAUGUCGCACCUCACCGUGCGCACGCACGCGCCGCCCUUUCGCACGCUCGCCGCCAUGCUGGACGUGCGCCCGCACGUCGCCUUCAGCGUGCCGCAAGCCUCGGGCGUGCUCACCUUCUUCCAGGCCGGCGUGCUGCAGCGCGCAGAGUUCCGCUACGCGCCGCGCCGCCUGUCGCCGCCGCCCGAGGCCUUCGAGCAGGUGGCGCUGGCGGUGGUGGCGCCCGUGCUGGGCUGCUGGGCGGCGGGCGUGGCGCUGGCGGCGGCGCUGCUGGUGGGCGAGCGCCUGCGCCCGCCCGCCCCGCCCGCCGCGCCCGCCGCGCUCCCGCGCGCUCCCGCCUCCCAUCGGCCACGCUCGUGCGAGGAGGGUCCCCGUCAGCAGCUGGAGGCGUCAGCGGUCGCCUCCGGCGGCUGGGGCGGCGCGGGGUGCGGCGGACACCCGCGGACGCCGUCGGGCCUGGGCGUGGCGCUGGGCCUGAAGGGCGCCGGGCUGGCCGAGUUGCAGCGCCACCGCAAGGCGUACGACGCCGCCCUCCCUGCGCCCACGCGCCUCCUCUGGGCCGACUAG